CCCAAAGUCCAAAGCCCCAUAUGCACCACCAAAAACCCAUAGGCUUAACGUGUACAAUUCGAAUGCCACUUUUAUUUUAUUUUUACUUAAAAUUCACAGCCAAUUAUUUUAAUUUUUAUAAUAAAAAAAACUCAACUAUUUCCCCAUUUUAUUCCUCAAAUUUAUACAGUUUCUUUGCCUGCUAUCAGUUUCUUUCGUCUUCCUCUCACUGCUCCAUAUCCCGUGGAAUUGAGAAAAAAAUCUUCUCCGGCGACAUGUUUCCUAACGUUUUGACUCAGGUGGCUACCGGCUUGAGCGUCUUGGCCAGCGCCGUCUUAGUCAAAUCAGUCAUGGAUCAGAAACCCAUGGCCGGCCCGUUUCCGAGAUGUUCAACUUGCAAAGGCACGGGUCGCAUCGCGUGCAUUUGUUCCCGUUGGUCCGAUGGAGAUAUCGGCUGUCGGACUUGCGCAGGGUCGGGUCGAAUGGCUUGCAGCAGCUGCGGUGGGUCCGGUACCGGUCGUCCCCUUCCAGUCCAUAUUUCCGUUCGUCAACCGACGAACCGUAGCUUCUAAGUUACCGGGUAUUGCCUCUUGCC